AAGCAGCCACUCGGCCAUACCCAUCCCGUUCCCCGAGCUCCCCUGCUAAAACCCCAGAAAUGACCCUAAUGACCAAACCCUAGCUUUCUUACCUUCGUUGUCUCCAUGAAUCCUGCCCACUGGCUCGAGCUGGUAUAGCCAUUGGCAGCUUCAGCGCCACCCGUUUCUCACUUCCUACUCCCACGGAGCUCCUCAUCAAUGGCGUCGCAAAUGGCGAUCCUCACCAGGACUCGGACCUUCUUCAAAACCAUCAACCACGACUCCUUCAAGCACAUCACCACCUACACCUUCCUCGCCCAAGAGCCCCAGUUGGCUGAGCCCUCGGAGCCGCAGCCGCCGCCGUCACCGUCGAGUCCUCUGCCUCCCAACCCCGCCUCCGGCAGCCCUCUCUACAGCGAGAAUUGGAGAAACCCUAUCCCCAACGCGACGCUCGCUCAGUCCCUCAUCCCCCUGGGGUUCAUGCAGUCGGCGUCUUCCCGGAUCCAGGCGCUGUCGCAGACUCUGGAUGUGCAGAGCUUGUUGAAUGUGUUUGCCGAUUGGAUGACCUCGCAGCGGUGGGCUGAUAUGAAGCAGCUGUUUGAGUUUUGGAUUAGGUCGCUGGAUAGAAAUGGGAAGCCGAACAAGCCUGAUGUGAACUUGUAUAAUCAUUACCUGAGGGCGAACCUGAUGAUCGGAGCACACGCCGGGGAUCUUCUUGAUCUGGUGGCGCAGAUGGAGGAUUAUGAUAUUGUGCCCAAUACGGCUUCGUUUAAUCUGGUGCUGAAGGCAAUGUAUCAGGCGAGAGAGGCACAGGCUGCUGAGAAGUUGCUCGAACGGAUGCUGCAGACAGGAAAAGAAUCUCUUCCUGAUGAUGAAUCAUAUGACCUGGUUGUUGGCAUGCUGUUUUUAACAGACCAGAUUGAUGCUGCACUGAAAUAUAUCGACUUGACUCUGAAAUCUGGUUAUAUGUUGUCAAUGAGCAUUUUUACUGAAUGUGUGAAAAGCUGUGUUAAUAAGGGGAGGCUGGAUGCCUUGGUAUCAAUUAUAGAAAGGUGCAAGACAAUGGAUCAGAACAAAGCUCUCUGCCCAAACUGGAAUCUGUGCAUCUACAUUGCAGAUAUUGCAAUGCAAGGGGAUAAUAGCAAGUUAGCUUUUUAUGCCCUGGAAUUUAUGGCCAAAUUGAUUGCUCGGGGUGAGAACGCCAGGCCACCAGUUCUGUACUCUGUGGAUGAAGGUCUGGUUGUUUCAGCACUUGGAACAGCCUGUAGAACCUACAGUUCUACACUUCUGGAUGCAUCUUGGGCAAUUCUACGGCGUUCGUUGCGUCAAAAGAAAGCCCCUAAUCCAGAAUCUUACCUUGGGAAGAUAUAUGCCUAUGCUUCAUUGGGGAAUUUGCAGAGGGCCUUCAGUACUCUGCGUGAAUUUGAGACCGCUUAUGGCAAUUCCACUAGUGAAGCAGAAGAGGACCUAUUUUCUCCCUUUACCUCUUUAUAUCCCUUGGUUGUGGCAUCCUCCAAGAGGGGUUUUGAGACUUUGGAUUCGGUCUAUUUUCAGCUGGAAAAUUUGAGCUGUGCUGAUCCUCCCUUCAAGUCUGUUGCUGCACUUAAUUGUAUUAUUCUAGGUUGUGCAAAUAUAUGGGAUCUUGAUCGUGCAUACCAAACUUUUGAGGCAAUUAGUGCCUCAUUUGGAUCGACUCCAAAUAUUCACUCAUACAAUGCUUUGAUGUAUGCAUUUGGGAAGCUCAGGAAGACAUAUGAGGCUUCAAGGGUGUUUGAUCACUUAACAAGUCUGGGAGUUAAACCAAAUGCAAUAUCAUAUUCAUUACUUGUUGAUGCUCAUCUCAUUAACCGUGACCAAAAGGCAGCUCUUUCUGUGAUUGAUGAGAUGGUAUCUGCUGGAUUUAUUCCAUCGAGAGAGACAUUAAAGAAGGUCCGAAGGCGAUGUAUUCGUGAGAUGGACUAUGAUAGUGAUGAUCGGGUGGAUUCCUUGGCUAAAAAGUUUAAAAUUCGAUUGGGCAUAGAGGCUCGUAGAGACGCGCUGUUUACUCUUGAAUAUAGCACUGGUUACUCUUGAUAGAUGGGGCCAUAAUGGUGUGGAUGAAAAAAAGAUUGAAUGCGCUUGACCCUGGUAAAACGAUUACGCCACUGUUUUAUUUUAAUUUCAUAUAUGCAUUUAGAGUGCCGAGUUCUGCACAGGAUAUAUUAGAGUACAUCGGCUACACAUUUCAGCAAUAAUCUUAUUUUAAUCUAGCAGGUUUGCGUCUGUCUGGAGCAUAAAAAGAAAUACAACACUCAAGUUUUCUCAUGUUGUGGCCCCAUGUUUUGAAGCAAACCUUCAUCCUUUGUAAAUUAUUUUAUUCUACUGAAUUUUGAGUCUUGGGAAGGUGAACGAGUGUUAGGAUCCUAGCAGUUCAUAGCUGUAUGAUGAUUCGCUUUUCAUUUGUGUAGUCAUUUUUGUGCUUCCGUAGGGGGAAAAAGUUGCAGGGAAAUGUCAAUCUGCAUGAGAUAUUUGAAUGAAUAUAUGUACGAUGCUAAAAAUUACCAAAGAUGCUUGGUGUAGUUUUUCAUUCAUAAUUUAAUUUUAAGCUCACUUAUUUUUUUGGGUUCAA